AUGCCAUUACCUUUCGGUUUAAACAAUCCCCUACCAAGGGAUCUAGACAAUGAAGCAAAAAAGGCUGCAAAUAUCUUGAGGAGUUUUGUAAAACCAAACCAGGUAUUGGGUGAAGAUCAAAUUAUCCCCCCAAAAGUCCUACAAAAUGCGAAGGGUUUAGCUAUUAUAACUGUUAUUAAAGCUGGAUUUUUGUUCUCUGGAAGAGCUGGCUCAGGUGUCAUAGUAGCUAAACAAGGUGGUGGGUAUUGGUCAGCUCCAUCAGCAAUCGCAUUAGCCGGUGCAGGGGCUGGUGGUAUGGUUGGUGUUGAAUUAACUGAUUUCGUUUUUAUUCUUAAUACAGAAGAAGCAGUUCAAUCGUUCUCCGAAUUUGGAACAAUCACAUUAGGUGGAAAUGUCUCUGUAUCAGCUGGACCAUUAGGUAGAAAUGCUGAAUAUGAUGCGUCUGCCUCGACAGGUGGAAUAGCAACUGUAUAUUCUUAUUCCAAGAGUAAAGGUCUCUUUGCUGGGAUAUCUGUCGAAGGAUCGGCUAUUAUCGAGAGACGUGAAACUAAUAGAAAAAUGUAUGGCGAUAACUGUACCACAAAAUUAAUUCUAUCUGGUAGAGUUGAUCCACCAUUCGAAUAUGAUGCCUUAUAUAGCGUGUUAGAUUCAAGGGCGUUCAACGCAGAGGCUAAAAUACCCGAAGGAAAAGACUUCUAUGAUGAUAUACCUGAUGAUUUUAAUUGUCAAGACAUUAAGAAUAAUAAAAGUAGAUCAAAUAUGAAAAGCCAUAUUACGGUUAAUAGUAGUGCUGAAGAUGGAAUAUUUUCAGAUUUGAAAUUUAAUGAUAAUAAAGAAGAAAGCUCAAUUAUUUCGGACAAUAUAAGCACGAAAAAGAUCAAAGUAUUGGCAUUAUACGAUUUUGAUGGAGUGGAAAAGACAGAUCUGCCAUUUAAGAAGGGUGAUAUUAUAGAGGUUAUAAAAAGAACUAAAAAUCAAGAAGACUGGUGGUACGGCACAGUCAACGGAAAAGUAGGUAAUUUCCCAGCCAAUUACUGUUCCAUCCAGAAGUAA